UCACCCUAAUAAUGUGGAUCACUAAUCUCGGAGCAUUUCACAUAAUUCUAACUGGCCUGUAUACUUAAAUUAGAGAAGAAAUGGCCCUACCCAGUGAACAAGAUGCGUGCGAAACUUACUUGUCAUAGCAAAAGUCCGGAAAUCAGUGUCAUAUUACCUAUUCUGGGAAUAACGUCUAGUUAAUACACUGUGCAGCGCGCCCAGUGGGUGUGGAGGCAGAAUCUCAGUUCUUCGAGCUAAAAGCAACCACAUCCCGCCUGUUGCUUUCACUAUCGAAGAUAUAGUCGUUUUUCAUCUUGGCGUGCGUACAUACACACAAUCGUUCAAUUUCCCAAUAAUCUAAAAUAAAUCUUGGCGAUGAAUGGUGACCCCGACGAUCUUGAGAUGGAUCUGGUUAACAGGGGACCGAGCGGAGCCGCAGUCCUGGAGGAUGUGGUGUACUGUGAAGAGUUCCUGCCUACAUUCACAGCCGUGGAGGAAGGGGAUGCCAUGCCCAGGGCAGAGAUGGUGGAAUUUAACGACAAGCCCGAUUACUUGUUCUUCAACGAUGGAAAGAGGCGGAUCGAUUUUGUGCUGGCGUAUGAGGACGAGGACAAGAAAGAGUUUGAGAAGAGGCACGUUUUUCAAAGGCGAAAGAGACGGAGAGAGUACUUUGAAGCAGCCCUGAUAUUGAUGGGACUGGAACUAGAAGCAACGCGGUCGGUCCUGGAUGAGAAGCUGGUGUUUGUGAAAGUCCACCUGCCAUGGGAAGUGCUCUGCACCUACGCCGAGGUCCUCCACAUCAAUCUGCCCAUCCUGCCCAAUGACCUCACAAAGACAGCGUCACCCUUCAGCUGCAUCACCAAGUUCUUCCGUCCCAACGAGAACCUCAUACCGACUGAGAUCGAGUAUUUCACCGCUCCGUUUACAAAAGACAGAUUAGAUUAUUUCUUCAUCAAGGACCGGGAGCUGUUCUUCACGCCUGCUAUGAGAAGCAGGAUGGCCAGCUACAUCCUGUGUCGAGCGCCUUUCGAAGUGAGGGGUGAAAUCAGGAAGUUUGGCAUUAACAAGCUGCUGGACAGAGGAGUCUACAAAGCCGCUUACCCCCUGCACGACUGUAGGUUCAACGUGAGGUCUCAUGAUGGCCAGUGCCCCAGUGAGAGGUUUCUGCUGUACAAUGAGUGGGCUCACCCCAAGAGCAUUUACAAGACGCAACCCUUGGACCUUAUCAGGAAGUACUACGGAGAGAAGAUUGGCAUUUACUUCGCCUGGUUGGGCUUCUACACAUACAUGCUGGCAAUAGCCGCAGUAGUUGGGGUUUGCUGCUUUAUCUAUGGCUACCACACUCAGGAGACCAGCACCUGGAGCAAGGAGGUGUGUGACCCGGAGAUUGGAGGAAACAUUGUGAUGUGCCCACAGUGCGAUAAAGAAUGCACCUACUGGAAACUUAACAACACCUGCGAAUCAUCAAAGAAAUUGUGCAUAUUUGACAAUUUUGGGACACUGGUGUUUGCGAUUUUUAUGGCAGUCUGGGUCACAUUGUUCCUGGAAUUCUGGAAGCGGUACCAGGCCAGGUUGGAGUAUGAGUGGGAUACUGUGGAGUUCCUGGAGCAAGAGGAACAACCUCGGGCCGAGUAUGAGGCCAAGUGCAUCUAUGAGCGGACUAAUCCCAUCACCAAGGCCAAUGAGAAGGCGCCCUUCACUAGAUGCGGAAAGUGUAUGCGAGUGACUUGUGGAUUUGGGACGGUUUUAUUCUGGAUCAUGCUGAUAAUUGCCUCCGUGGUCGCCAUCAUAGUGUACCGGCUGGCGGUCUUUUUUACCUUCUCUGCCAACCUGAAGAUAGACUUGAAGGAACUGGAGCCGUUUAAGGGCUAUUUGACCGCACAGAUGGCAACCUCAGUCACAGCCUCUAUCAUCAGCUUUGUGAUCAUCAUGAUCCUCAACAUCCUGUACGAGAAAGUUGCCAUUUGGAUCACAGAUUUCGAGUUGCCAAGAACCAAGACUGACUACGAGAACAGCUUAACCCUGAAGAUGUUCCUCUUCCAGUUUGUGAACUACUACUCUUCAUGCUUCUACAUUGCCUUCUUCAAGGGCAAAAUAGUAGGAUAUCCUGGGGCUCCUGUCUACUGGCUGGGCAAGUAUCGCAACGAGGAGUGUGACCCCGGAGGCUGUUUGAUUGAGCUGACGACUCAGCUAACAAUUAUCAUGGGUGGUAAAGCCAUCUGGAACCAAAUACAGGAGGUGCUCCUGCCAUGGGUGAAAAACCUGAUUUCUCGCUUCUGCAUGAAGGUGCGCUCUGAAACGGUGCUUCCCCGCUGGGAGCAGGACUACCAACUCCAGCCCCAGGGCACUUUGGGCCUGUUUUAUGAAUAUCUGGAGAUGGUGAUCCAGUUUGGCUUCGUGACACUCUUCGUGGCCUCCUUUCCUCUGGCUCCUCUCCUGGCAUUUCUGAACAACAUUUUUGAGAUCCGGGUGGACGCUUGGAAGUUCAUCACACAGUUCCGGCGCAUGGUGCCCGAGAAAGCGCAAGGCAUUGGUACCUGGCAACCCAUCCUGCAGGGUAUCACCAUCUUGGCAGUGGUGACCAAUGCCAUGAUAAUCGCCUUCACGUCCGACAUGAUUCCUCGACUGGUGUACUACUGGUCAUUCUCAGUCUUUCCGUACGGGAAUCAUACGGGAAACACCAUGGAGGGUUACAUCAACAGCAGCCUCUCCGUCUUCAACAUCGUCGACUUCUCCAACAUAAGCCGACCUAAUGAGCUUCCCUACUGGUUUAAUAACAACAUCACAACAUGCAGGUAUCGAGAUUUUAGGUACCCACCUGGACACCCAAGACAAUACGAGUACAACAUUUUCUACUGGCACGUGAUAGCAGCCAAGCUGGGCUUCAUUAUAACAGUAGAGCAUGUCGUCUACCUGACGAAGUUCAUCCUGGGCUACGUGAUCCCAGACGUUCCAAAAGCAGUGAAGGAGCAGAUCAAGAGGGAGAGGUACCUGAGGCAGAUGAUCCUGCACGAGGUCAACCUGAGCAUGGUGUCCAGACACAUGAAACCAGUCACUGACAACCUCAUUAUGAACAUGGAUCAGAGCUCGGAAUUAGACCUCGACUUUGACAUGUGAACCUUCUGAGGAGAUUCAAGUCGCAUGAGUUUCCGUGGUUCGCUGUUUACAUGUAUGGAAGGGGGUGUCUUGCGGGUUUGGGGAGGUUUUUGUAACCUGUGUGUUUGGCGGGAUUGUAUUUAUAUGUGGAAUGUUUGCAUACAGGAGCAGAUUAAUGCACGGGCUAUCCUAGGCUUUAGCAUCAGGCCCCCACUCGCCUUAGGAAGAUGAGAUAGAUUAAGCAUAUUCAAUCUGGCAUCCCACAGCUCGGUAAGCUUUACUGUGGGUACCCUACUCACCAAUUAGCGAAAUAUUGACGUUUUUAAUACUCUUUCAACUGAAAAAAUAGCUCAAAUGGUCCGUUUGCGAGAAGUGGUUGCUAGCCGCUAGCCGCCAGGUGGAUUCAGUUUGAGACUCCUGGGUUAGUUAUGUCAGUAACACUUGAGUUUCCAUGCUGAUGUCAGCCUAGGUGCCGCAGAUAAGUUAAUCCACCCCUGUUUGCAUGGGAGGGAAAAGUAUUUGCAUGCCCUGUGUGUGUGUUGUGUGUAUGAGACAGAGACUCAGUGGGUGUGCUGUGUGGGAUGGCUUUACCAAGAAGCCUCAAGAAAAGGCAACGUUACUGUAGGUGAAGUCGUAAUCUUUCAGGUAAUAUGGUUUAAUGACGAGCAAGUCGCAAAAUGUAUGUAUGAGAAGAAGAGGCACCGCCCUACUGAAUCAUGUUCUGUCUUGUAUGGUUGUACACCCUUUACGGGCAUGUUUUUACCUGGGCUGUCUACUGGAACCAGUUGGUUGACUUAACCAGCUAGCAAAACAAAAGACAGACAGCAGAAUCAAAGGGAGUUACCCAAAAGCCAUUAUUUUACUUUUUUAAAAAGUUAGUGAUCAUUGCUGUGCUACAUUGUCCGGUGUGAAGUACAAAAUCACAUAUGAAAUAAUGUAAAAAAAUAUAUACAUAUUUGUCAUGCGUGCCGAAGGUUUUAUGUCACUAUUAUUGACCUAAUUUACUAUAUUGGUAAAGUAUAUUUAAUACUCACUUCAUAUAUUGUGUAUACUUUCAUUACAAUGACUUUGUAGCCAGGCUGGACCAAACUGACUCACCUAUGUUUUUAAACCUUUUGUAACUAUUAUAUAUGUCACCCUAUUCUUUGAUCCUAUCAAACAAAAUGCCUCUUCAUAAAAUCAGGUUGUGCGUGAGUCAUUUUCUUUUUUCAGAUAACCUGAAAAUUCUCAACAUCCUGGUGAAAUGAACAAGCAUUUACUUUGCUAAGAAUCUCAGAUACCGUUCACCCAAACAGAAGCUGGAGAUAACUGGUUGUUUUCCUCUGUCACUGGGUUUCUGGUUCUUCUUCCUCUUGGUGGUGGUUUCCCUCUCUCCCUAAUUCUCCAGUGUACAUAGACAGUGAUGGACCAGCACCCCAUCCAACGUUCUCCCUACUACUUGUGCCUAAUUAGAUCCAGAUCCAACAUGACCCCAUGCCGGCUAACUACUUACCCAAGAUCAAUGGGGAAAAAAGUGUUUUAUGCCACUAUCAAAAUCCACUUUAAAAUGACUCCUACCAUGCCUGUGUAACGUAUGACCACUGUAAGUCACAACGCUAAUGUUCUGUGAAUUAACCACUUGUACAGGAGCUUGUAAAUGCAUAUACAACAAAUUAUUAAAUUUGUUUCAAAAAUAUAUGUAUUACUUAGAGUUUGUAUGGAUACUGUGAAAUGUAGUGGUUUUGUAUUCACUAUGUAUAACCUUGUGAAAAAAUAUAUUAAAUGUUUUAAACAUUG